CACAAGCUCUAACCAGCAAGCUCUGCGGCUCUAAGUCAGAACUGAAACGGACGACUCUCGAGCUUCACCUGGAUUUCGUCUUGAUGGUCCAACCGUGACGUCUCGAAAGUCGCUUCAUCGCAUGUCAUCGAUCGGCCUGCCAGCGCGCACGACUUCACCGCGAGAGGGCAUAUAAAGCAGUCUGCCCGUGUGCCCCUCCGUCCCUGGUUCCUUACUCCUGCAAACCAUGUACGCUGUCGAGCAAGACAGGUCCCAUCCGGUUCUUACUCCACCACCACAGCUCUCUAUGGAUCGCAUCCCUCCGCCGUCCUCAGCGUAUCCUACGCCGGGGUCCGGGGGUCCGUUGCGAUCGUCCGACCAUCUCGCUCCGGUCUCGACGAUACACGAUGGCCGUAUCUGGUCUCUACAGGUGGUGCAACAGCCCAUCCGGGCGCGCAUGUGCGGUUUUGGCGACAAGGAUCGAAGACCGAUCACACCCCCGCCAUGUAUCCGUCUGAUCGUUCGAGAUGCGCAGACAGAGAAGGAGAUUGAUAUCAAUGAGAUCGAUACAUCCUUCUACGUCCUCACGGUCGACUUGUGGAAUGCAGAAGGCACACGAGAAGUGAACCUCGUCCGACACUCUGCGACAUCACCCUCGAUCUCGACAGCGACCUCCUCUUCGUAUCCUCCUCCGCCACAGAAUAUGUCACCCACCUAUCCUCCGUACCCGCAAAAUCCAUACAGCCAGCCGAUGGGCUAUCCGCCUAUGAACAGCUACUACCCGCAGAACGGACAGUUGACAUAUCAGAAUCCUUACGGAGCCAACCCUCAGGCGGCCUACUAUCCUCAAUAUUACCCUGGCGGCCAUAUGCCACCCGCAGGCCUGUCGCCUGCCACGGCACAGCAGCCAAUGUCCGCUGGGCCUGGUGGCAUGUUCACGCGAAACCUCAUCGGCAGUCUCAGCGCCAGCGCCUUCCGUUUGACUGACCCGGACAACAAGAUUGGCGUCUGGUUCAUUUUGCAGGAUCUCAGUGUGCGAACAGAGGGCACUUUCCGACUGAAAAUGAACUUCGCCAACGUCGGAACGCAAUCAGCAGAUUCAAACGGCACGCCUGUGCUGAACCACGGCUCUGCCCCGGUUCUCGCGUCUGUCUUCUCUGAACCCUUCCAGGUUUUCUCCGCCAAGAAAUUCCCUGGAGUCAUUGAGAGCACGCCUCUGAGCAAGUGCUUCGCCCUGCAAGGCAUCAAGAUCCCCAUCCGGAAAGACGGAGUGAAGGGGUCACGAGGACGGGGAGGCGAUGGCGACGAUGAUGGGGACGAUUACGAUUAGGCUGGAGAUGUUAGCUGCGGAUGGGGAUGUGAAAUGACAAUGGAAAUGUGGAAAACCACAAAAGCAGAGCCCGGUGGAGUCAACAUGAGAUAUCCUU